UUCCUGAACAGCUGAUCCGAGAACACGUGUGGGAUGACGACGGACAUGGCACGCUCUUGGGGUUAUUAGGGUCUUAAUUACCUCUUUCCUGGAUGCUUUUGGGUGUGAAGAAUGACUGAUGAGACCCUUGAGGCGAAUGUGUUUUAUAAACACAUUAAGGAACACCAUGGGGAAGAACUGGCCACCUGGUGCGAACCAAGCUGGGUAGUGUGCAUACCACAGCAAAGUGUUCUAGAUGAUAUGACUCUUACUCUGCCUCUUAUAGAGGCACAUGCUUUGAAGCAACAUGGGACAUCAGGGAGUCAGUAUGUAAGUGCCCUCUAUGGAGACAGCCUCAUCUAUGAAAUCACGGGGGAAGAGCCAAGGGUCAUCAUCUCCAAUGAAGAAGAAGGGCCAGAUGUUGUCGUCUCCAAGGCAACAGUUCUCACGGAAUAUCUGGUGACCUUUAGGGAACACCAUGGGGAAGAACUGGCCACCUGGUGCGAACCAAGCUGGGUAGUGUGCAUACCACAGCAAAGUGUUCUAGAUGAUAUGACUCUUACUCUGCCUCUUAUAGAGGCACAUGCUUUGAAGCAACAUGGGACAUCAGGCAAUAUUCAGAAUACAGAAAUUAGAGGUAUCACGUUGGUGCACACUCACACUCACACUGUUUACCUAAAUAUCUUACCUUCCACCAUUCUAAACAGGAGUCAGUAUGUAAGUGCCCUCUAUGGAGACAGCCUCAUCUAUGAAAUCACGGGGGAAGAGCCAAGGGUCAUCAUCUCCAAUGAAGAAGAAGGGCCAGAUGUUGUCGUCUCCAAGGCAACAGUUCUCACGGAAUAUCUGGUGACCUUUAGGGAACACCAUGGGGAAGAACUGGCCACCUGGUGCGAACCAAGCUGGGUAGUGUGCAUACCACAGCAAAGUGUUCUAGAUGAUAUGACUCUUACUCUGCCUCUUAUAGAGGCACAUGCUUUGAAGCAACAUGGGACAUCAGGCAAUAUUCAGAAUACAGAAAUUAGAGGUAUCAUGUUGGUGCACACUCACACUCACACUGUUUACCUAAAUAUCUUUCCUUCCACCAUUCUAAACAGGAGUCAGUAUGUAAGUGCCCUCUAUGGAGACAGCCUCAUCUAUGAAAUCACGGGGGAAGAGCCAAGGGUCAUCAUCUCCAAUGAAGAAGAAGGGCCAGAUGUUGUCGUCUCCAAGGCAACAGUUCUCACGGAAUAUCUGGUGACCUUUAGGGUGAGAGCGGAAAAAUUCCUGCGCAAGUUCCGCUGCCACCGGCCCAUGCUGUGGGAGGUGGACCAGAAGGUGAAGGAGGCAGCAGAUGCACUCCACCCUUCCAGUAAUGUGGAUCACAUGCAGAACAUCCUGCAGGACACCCUCAUCCACUGCUGGGAGUUGCUGCUAAAACGACACUCAGCCACCAUGCAGAUUGAUGCUAAGUUUCAGGAUCUGCUCUUCAGGGCCCUCGACUACUAUGUUGUGGGGCGGCUCCACGAGAUGCUUUGGUGGCUGGUGUGUGAACGAUGCCAGGUGGUUGACCAGCUGGUGAAGACACGGCUGUCACACCUCCGCCAUGCUCACCUCUCAGCCCUCCAGUUGGGGGUCCCGGCACACUACUACACUCCUCUGCCAGCUGCCGUUGUUGAGCUAGCUUCCCUGGCAAGUGUGGAGAGUGCCAUAGGUAGAUUGCAAUGUGUCCACUCCACCAUCGAGCUCAUCCAAGCACAGGCCAAGGAGGCUCGGGUCACCCUCCACCAGUAUAAGGAUCAAGAGGGAGAACCAGAGCUGGAGUUAACCAAGGAAGAGUUGAUGGCUCUGCUGACCACUGUGGUAGUCCAGGCACAGUGCUCACACCUGGUAGCUAACAUCUAUUACAUGACCCACUACGUUUUCUCGGUCACUGAAGAUGACCCUCUCUGGAAAAGCCUAGGACUGCUUCGCAACACCCUAGAAAACAUCAUGAAGUUGGAUGUAGCCCGCCUUCCCCAGCCAGCAAAAUCCAUACGAAAGGAACUCUCUCUCCAGGACCUUAUGCAGGUGAGUGCAGAAGUGGAAUCGCGGUUUGAGGCCAAGGGCCCCAGUCGCAGCAUUGGGGACAUCACAGCGCUGGACCUGCAGCUGCACCAGCUCACACAGCAGAUACAGCUGUCAACUCAAGCCCACUCUGAGACCCACUUGACUGAGAGGAACUCGCCCAGCCGCAGGUCUGACCGCACCAUGCUCUCUCCCACACAGGACAACAGCAAGUCACACAGCUUCAGAGAGUUCCUUUCGAGCAUUCCCUCCUCCCUGCGAGAGAGCUUGCGCCGCAGACAGUCACAGCAGAGAAGCGCCAUCCAGUCUUCCCUGAAUGGAUAGGACGCCAGCUGACUGCACGAUCUCUUGAUUACGAGUAUGAGAAAAGCUGCGGGGAAGUACCGUGCAGUUAGGUUUGCCUUGGUGUUUUUAUCGGGAGUUGUUGAAGUUCUUGGUUGAUACCUGCUGGGAAUUUUUGUUGUUAGAGAUGAUUUUAGCUUUUUUUUUUUUUUUUUAUGGAUUUCCCAUUGGAAUUUAUUUAUUUGUCUUUGCCUUCCAUUUAUUUUUUUUUUAUAUAUUUUUUUUUAAUUCUUAUUUAUACAUUUUUGUUUUUGAUUUAGCAUUUCCCAACAGAAGGGAAUUAACUGAUGAGAACAAGAUUUGUGUAUUUUGUGAAAUAGGUUUGUGAUGU